ACCCUACCAGUCCUGUACAAUCAGUCAUCAUGGCCACUCCACUCACCGACCAGGAGAAGCGCAAACAAAUCAGCAUUAGGGGAAUCGUUGGAGUGGAAAAUGUAGCCGAGCUAAAGAAGGGCUUUAAUCGGCACUUGCACUUCACUCUGGUGAAGGACAGAAAUGUAGCUACGCCGAGGGAUUAUUACUUUGCUCUGGCACACACAGUGAGGGAUCACCUGGUGGGUCGCUGGAUCCGCACCCAGCAGUACUACUAUGAAAAAGACCCGAAGCGCGUGUAUUAUCUCUCUCUGGAGUUUUACAUGGGAAGAGCUCUCCAGAACACCAUGAUUAAUCUCGGACUCCAGAAUGCCUGUGAUGAAGCAAUCUACCAACUGGGCUUGGAUAUGGAGGAUUUGGAGGAUAUGGAGGAGGAUGCUGGAUUGGGGAAUGGAGGAUUGGGCCGAUUGGCAGCAUGUUUUUUAGACUCUAUGGCAACACUGGGAUUGGCUGCGUAUGGAUAUGGGAUUAGAUACGAGUAUGGAAUCUUCAACCAGAAAAUAAAAGACGGCUGGCAGGUGGAGGAAGCCGAUGAUUGGCUGAGGUAUGGAAAUCCAUGGGAAAAGGCUCGGCCGGAGUACAUGCUCCCGGUGCAUUUCUAUGGACGAGUGGAGGAGACUGAAGAGGGAUCCAAAUGGGUGGACACACAGGUGGUACUAGCCAUGCCAUAUGACACACCCAUACCUGGCUACAUGAACAACACUGUGAACACCAUGAGACUGUGGUCUGCACGUGCUCCCAAUGACUUCAACCUUAGAGACUUCAACGUUGGGGAUUACAUUCAGGCUGUUCUGGACCGGAAUCUGGCAGAGAAUAUUUCCAGAGUGCUUUACCCCAAUGACAAUUUUUUUGAAGGUAAAGAGCUGCGACUGAAACAGGAGUACUUUGUGGUUGCAGCUACUCUGCAGGACGUGAUUCGGCGCUUUAAGACUUCUAAAAGGCGUUCCUCAACCCCCUUGUCUUUUGACAGCUUUCCUGAAAAGGUGGCUAUUCAACUGAAUGAUACACACCCUGCCAUGGCUAUCCCAGAGCUUAUGAGGAUCUUUGUGGACAUUGAGAAAUUGGACUGGGACACGGCAUGGGAUCUUACUAAGCGCACAUUUGCGUACACUAAUCACACAGUUCUCCCCGAGGCCUUGGAGCGCUGGCCUGUUCAACUGAUGGAGAAACUUCUACCACGCCACCUACAGAUCAUCUACCAGAUUAACCAGAAGCACUUGGAUCACAUCGUGUCUCUGUUUCCGGGUGACAUGGACCGAUUGCGCAAAAUGUCUCUGGUGGAGGAGGACGGGGGGAAGAGAGUGAACAUGGCUCACCUUUGCAUUGUUGGAUCCCACGCUGUGAACGGAGUAGCGGAGAUCCACUCCAACAUCAUCAAAACCGAAGUGUUCAGAGACUUUAGUGAACUUGAACCAGGAAAGUUCCAGAACAAAACGAAUGGAAUCACACCACGGCGCUGGCUCCUGCUGUGCAACCCAGGCCUGGCUGACCUAAUCGCAGAGGCAAUCGGAGAAGAAUUUGUGAAGGACCUGAUGCAUUUACAAAAAUUAAAUGAAUUGGUGGAUGUUGAUGCCUUCAUCAAAGAAGUCGCCAAAGUUAAACAGGACAAUAAGAGGAAGUUUGCAGAGUACUUGAAGAAGGAAUACAGAGUGAACAUAAAUCCUGCAUCCAUGUUUGAUGUUCAUGUGAAGAGAAUUCAUGAGUACAAGCGACAGCUUCUCAACUGCCUUCAUGUUAUCACCAUGUACAAUCGUAUUAAAACCAAGCCAACAGCACCAUUUGUACCACGCACUGUGAUUAUUGGUGGCAAGGCUGCACCUGGAUAUCACAUGGCUAAAAUGAUCAUCAAGCUCAUCACCUCGGUUGCAGAUGUGAUCAAUAAUGACCCCACUAUUGGCAAUAAGCUAAAAGUUAUAUACCUGGAGAACUACAGGGUCUCUUUGGCAGAGAAAGUGAUACCUGCUACAGAUCUCUCUGAGCAGAUCUCCACCGCUGGCACAGAAGCAUCGGGUACAGGAAACAUGAAGUUCAUGCUGAAUGGUGCUCUGACUAUCGGCACCAUGGAUGGAGCCAAUGUGGAAAUGGCAGAGGAAGCUGGCAAGGAAAACCUUUUUAUCUUUGGCAUGAGUGUGGAGGGAGUGGCAGCAAUGGACAAGAAAGGCUAUGAUGCCAUGCAGUACUACAACAGCAUCCCGGAGCUGAAGCAGGUUAUUAACCAGAUUAAGAGUGGCUUCUUCUCACCAAAACAGCCAGAUCUGUUUAGUGACAUCAUCACCAUGCUCUUCAAACAUGACCGCUUUAAGGUCUUUGCAGACUACGAGUCCUAUGUCAAAUGUCAGGAGAGAGUCAGUGCUUUGUAUGAGGACCAAAGGAAGUGGACGCAAAUGGUGAUUAAAAACAUUGCAGCUACUGGAAAAUUUUCCAGCGACCGCACUAUUGCAGACUAUGCUACACAGAUCUGGGGGGUGGAACCAACUGACCUGAAGAUCCCGCCACCCAAUGAGCCACGUGAGGCUGUUGAGGACAAAGCACGUGCUCGCAGCAAGAAAUGAACACAAGAAUUAUGAUGUUACUAGUGUUACUGCAAUCUUUACUGUUAAAAUACAGCAGCAUUCUGCAUAUAAAAAGUUGAAUAAAAGACAUGACUUAU